AUGUCCGUCAGCAAAGACGAAGUGUCCGAUCUCAUUCGAGAGAAUAACAAGCAGUUAAUGGACUCGUUCAAAGAUUUGUUAGCACAAACCGUUGGUCAAAUCAAGCGCUCCAACGAAGAUUCGGCCGAGCAGCGGAUGAAAGAAAUUAAGAAACCCAAGUAUGACGAACCACAUAAGUUCAAGAAGAAGGCCAAUGAAGACCAGUUCAACUUUAACCGUAAGCUAGCGGAAAAUAUUGGUUCCGCCAAGUCUGCUGCGGAGAAUGGUCAGCUAGAGAAAGUAAAGUCGGAUCUCGCGGAAGGUGAGAAACUGCUCUGCGAGAGGCAAAAGCUUAUUUUAUUAGCGGACAAGUCCGAGUUCGGCUGGGCGACAGUUGAGGAAUAUAAACAGUAUGAUCUGGCCGAUGAUUCGGAGGACGAGAAAAGAAUUCACAGUGCAGAAAGACGUGCCCGUGUAGCGCUCCAGGCCCGUAAAAAGAAGAAGACUACCUUUUCGACUUCUAAUAACAGAUCCUCGUCCGUUGGAAUCCCGGCGUCGACCUCACGUUCGCAGUUUCAACAUCAGCCUCUUAUGUUGAACGUUCCUGGUUUCCCUUCUCGUCGACCCAAUACCGGCACCUGUUUUGCCUGUGGAAAGCCAGGUCAUUGGCGCUCCUGU